AUGGGCAAUAAAAAUUCUUCAUCACAUUUAACAAAUCAUCAAAGUAAACGUUCUUUUCAUCACCAAAAAUCAAAUCAUUAUAUAACAAAUAACGACCAUAUUUACUCUAAAUUUGAUACAUCAUCAUCAUAUCAAAGUAGUAAUAGUAAAAAGCAUGGACCAUCACCUAGAUUUCGUCGUCGACAUGCGCGACAAGUACAUCUCGAUAAGAAAUCAAAAAAGGCACAGACAAUUUCAUCAUAUCUUAAUGUUAGUCUUCAAUCAAUUGGUGAUCGAACAAUUAGUUUAUUUUCUCGCAGUUUUAAUUUUCUUCAUCCAUCAUUAUCGUCAUCUCCAAUAUGUUUAUUAGAUAAUAAUAAUCGUCAAGAAUUAUCAAUAACAAAUGAAAAUAAUCAUGAAUUUCAUAUUGGUACACAUUCAGGUGUAUAUAGAAAUCAAUCACGUCGAAAAUAUCAAACAUCAUCAUUAAGAAAUCCAUAUCGACGUUCAAGUACAAAUUUUCCUGUACAUGGACAUGAAGCACUUUUUUUACCAGAAUUUUCCAUUAAAGGAAAAAUAACAGAAGCUGAUUUUGAAGUUAUUGAUAUUAUUGCACGAGGUGCCUUUGGAAAUGUGAUACAAGUAUGUUCUAUACAUGAUAGACAAACUUAUGCGAUGAAAAUAAUGAGUAAAUCACAAAUUGUGAAAGAUAAUGCUGUUCAACAAGUCAAAGAUGAAGUGACAAUAGCACAAUCAUGUCUUUCUCAUCCAUUUAUUGUACAUACACAUUUUUAUUGGCAAUCUCGUCGUUAUUUAUACAUAAUAACUGAUUAUGUAGAAAAUGGUGAAUUAUUAUCUUUAUGGUUACGUAUACGUCGUUUUCCUCAAUUAAUUGUUAAAAUUUAUAUAGCUCAAGUAGCUAUGGUGCUUGAUUAUUUACAUAGGAAUGGUAUUAUAUAUCGAGAUGUUAAAAUGGAAAAUAUUUUACUUGACGAAAAUGGGAAUAUUAAAAUAAUUGAUUUUGGUUUAUCUAAAUGGCUUUUAUUAGGACAAAAAACAUCAACAAUAUGUGGAACAUUACAAUAUAUUGCUCCUGAAGUUCUUAGUGUUCGACCAUAUGAUCAUCGUGUUGAUUGGUGGAGUUUAGGUAUUCUUAUGUAUGCAUGUUUAUUUGGUGAAUAUCCGGUGUCAGCAACAAAAGAUCAUGUAACAAUGGCAAAUAAAGUAUUAAAUCAUACAUUUAAUUUACCAUCAAUAGCACUUGAAAAUAAAUUUCAAGUUAAAGAAUUAUUAUUACAUUUAUUAGAAAAAAAUCCUAAUCAACGUUUAUGUUCAUUAGAUGAAUUACGUCAAACAUCAUUUAUGUCAAAAAUUGAUUUUAAUCAUAUUUAUUCUAAAUCUUAUUCACCAUUAGAAAUUUUAAUUAAUACUAAAUCUCAAUGGCGUAAUGAACUUAUAUUACAUUAUAAUUAUCGACAAAAAGAAAUAAAAAAUAAAAAAAAUUCAUCAUCAUCAACAUCAUCAUCAUUAUUAUCAUCAUCAAUUCGAAAUAAAAAAGUUUAUCAAAAUAUUGACAACCAUGUUUUCCAGAAAUUUUCGGAGUGA